AUCCGACAGCUACAUCAUCCAGCAGCACUUCACCCACCAGCGUCAUGGAGAGAAUCAAGGAGCGUCUUGCAUCCCUGCGCCAAGAGGCAGACAACGCCAUCGCGCGUGCAGAAGGAGCAGAGGCCAAAGUAAAGCAGCUUGACCAGCAGCUCCUCGAGAAGGAACAGGAGGUCAAAUCUCUCCGAGUGAAGCUCGACCUCGCGGACGCCAACCUCGAGAAGUCCGAAUCCAAGCUGACCGAGACCAAGGCUGCCGCGCUGGAUGCAGAGUCGAGCAAGACGACGAUAGAUGCUCUACAGCGCAAGGUGCAGCUUCUUGAGGAGGAGCUCGAUGCGGCAGAGAAGCACUCCAAGGAAGUCGUCGAGAAACUCAGGCAAGUGGACGUCAAGGCUGAGGAGUUCGAGCGGCGCUGCCAUUCACUCGAUCAGGAGCGCGAGCAGUGGGAGAAGAAGUACGAGGAAACGCAAGAGAAGCUCCGCAAGUCCCAAGCGGAGCUCGACGACCUCGUUUCACACAUGCAAGACCUCUAGGCCUGCUCUCCAUGUUUACCAUCUUUGCUAUGAUCAUCAUAAUCACGCGACGGGUCGCACUUUACGAUACAACCCUGGAAUCGUCCUCUCUCUCGUGGGUUCUGAUGUCGUUGUCUAUAUACCACAAACAAGAAAUCAAAGCGCAUAACACAAAUUAGAAUCUCGUUCUAAAUCUCACUGCGUAGCCAGAUGAUGAAGUUGCAAGAAUAUAACUACAAUUCCAUUAAAUGCUACACG